GGUGUGCGGGGCGCCGGGGCGGGGGACGGCGGGCAGGCAGUGCGCCGGGCAGCUCUCGGCCGGCGGCCAUGGCGGCGGCGGCUCUGGGGACGCGGGGGGCGACGCGGCGCUGGGCGGCGCUGCGGGGUUGGAGCCCCGGCCUCGCGGCCAUGUCAGCAGAUGCUCACUUGUUGACAACAGAGGAGAGGAACCAAGUUAUACUCGACCUUAAAGCAGCAGGAUGGUCAGAAUUAAGAGAGAGAAAUGCCAUCUACAAAGAGUUCUCCUUCAAAAAUUUUAAUCAGGCCUUUGGCUUUAUGUCUCGAGUUGCUCUACAAGCAGAGAAGAUGAAUCAUCACCCGGAAUGGUUCAAUGCCUAUAACAAGGUCCAGAUAACUCUCACCUCGCAUGACUGUGGUCAACUGACCAAAAGAGACGUGAAACUGGCCAAGUUUAUUGAAAAAGCAGCUGCUGCUUUGUGAUUUCUUUCAAAAUGCUUGUAAAAUCUUAUACACAUCUUAGGUGUAAUGUACUUUGAGGGUGAUUUACAUGAACAAAUUAAGCUGAAAAUUUAGUUCACCUUUCUACCACAUUUUGUAAAAUCAUUGCUUAAAUACAAAAUGAUUUAAAUUUGA